AUGGCGGCGGCGGCGGCAGCGGCGGCGGCGAUGGCUCCUCCGGGCUGCCCGGGUUCGUGUCCCAACUUCGCCGUAGUCUGCUCUUUCUUGGAGCGCUACGGGCCGCUGCUCGACCUGCCUGAGUUGCCGUUCCCGGAGCUCGAGCGGGUGCUGCAAGCUCCGCCGCCGGACGUCGGCAACGGAGAAGUACCUAAAGAACUGGUGGAGCUCCAUUUGAAGUUGAUGAGGAAGAUUGGCAAAUCUGUUACAGCAGACAGAUGGGAAAAAUACUUGAUCAAGAUAUGCCAAGAGUUUAAUAGCACCUGGGCAUGGGAGAUGGAGAAGAAAGGCUAUCUUGAAAUGAGUGUUGAAUGCAAGUUAGCACUCUUAAAGUACCUCUGUGAGUGUCAAUUUGAUGACAAUCUCAAAUUCAAGAAUAUUAUCAAUGAGGAGGAUGCUGAUACCAUGCGUCUCCAGCCAAUUGGCCGUGACAAAGAUGGCCUCAUGUACUGGUACCAGUUGGAUCAAGAUCACAAUGUCAGAAUGUACAUAGAAGAACAAGAUGAUCAAGAUGGCUCUUCAUGGAAAUGCAUUGUGAGAAAUCGAAACGAGUUGGCUGAGACUCUUGCACUCCUGAAAGCACAAAUUGAUCCUGUUCUAUUGAAGAACUCUAGCCAACAGGACAGCUCUUCCCGGGAAAGUCCCAGCUUAGAAGAAGAGGAGACUAAAAAGGAGGAAGAAACAACUAAACAAGAGGAACAGAAAGGAAGUGCAAAAACGAAAAGUGAAGAGCGGCCAGUAGAUUCAGAAAAAUGUUCUACACCCAGUCCUCUAGAAGGGACUACUGUGAAAAUAGAAAAAGAAGGUGAAAAGGAACUUGGAAAACUGCCAGUCAUAGUGAAGCUGGAAAAAUCUGUGCCAGAAAGCGAAGAAAAAAAGAUUAUCAAAGAAGAAAGCGAUUCCUUCAAGGAAAAUGUCAAACCUGUAAAAGUGGAAAUGAAAGAAUGUAAAGCAGAUCCUAGAGAUAUCAAAGGUAGUGUGGAGAAGUUAGAGCCUGAGAGGCUAGACUUUGUUGGCAAUGUUAAAUCUUCUCAAGAAAUUACCGAAAAGUCUACUGAAGAAACCGAGAAACUUAAAAAUGACCAGCAGGCCAAGAUUCCACUAAAAAAACGAGAAAUUAAACUGAGUGAUGAUUUUGAUAGUCCAAUCAAAGGACCUUUGUGUAAAUCAGUUACUCCAACAAAAGAGUUUCUGAAAGAUGAAAUAAAGCAAGAGGAAGAGACUUGUAAAAGGAUCUCUACAAUCACUGCUUUGGGUCAUGAAGGGAAACAGCUGGUAAAUGGAGAAGUUAGUGAUGAGAAGGUAACUCCACAUUUUAAGACAGAACAGAUGGAGACAAAGUUUUAUGAUACAAAGGAAGAUAGUUGCAGCCCCUCUAAGGAUAGAAGUGUCAUCAUGGAGGGAAACGGAGCAGAGUCUGUAAAUUCUGUCAUUGCAAGUGUAAAAAUAGGUGAUCUUGAGAAAGAAGUGGUCCCUUUAGGGAAAGAUACAGAUAAUUCAAUAUCAGUCUUAGAGACCCAGAGUCAGAAAGAGCACAUAGAGGAAACUGGUCCUUCAGAAAUGGAAACCUCUCUUGAGACUGCAGAAAUAGCAAAGGAUCUCUCUUUAAAAACUGCUUUAUCUACCACUGAAUCCUAUAGUAUGAGAGUUGAAGAGAAGUCUCCCAAAAGUAAGAAGGAUAAGCGCCCACCAGUCCUAGAGUGUCUUGAAAAGUCCAAAAAGACUUUUCUUGAUAAGGACACACAAAGAUUGAGUCCAAUACCAGAGGAGGUUCCAAAGACAACUGUAGAAUCAUUACAGGCCGGGUCUCCUGAGGCAGCUGAAACUUAUCCAUCAUCUAACGUGACUGUCCACUGUGAGAAACUAGCCUCAGAAGUUGAGUGUCAGGAUACAAGUUCACUUGAAGGUCAGUCCCUGGAGAAAGUAGACCCAGAAAUUUUAAAAGUGGAUUCUGAAUCAACAAAGGUAGAAGUCGAUGAUCUGGACAGUGCCCAGACCUCUGGCACAGGUGAUCCUUCUGAGACAAAGGGUUCUAUGCAAAAAAGCAAAUUGAAAUAUAAGUUGAUUCCUGACGAAGAAAACACUGCCUCAGAAAACACAGAGAUAACCUCAGAAAGGCAGAAAGAAGGCAUCAAAUUAACAAUUAGGAUAUCUAGUCGGAAAAAGAAGUCAGAUUCUCCUCCCAAAAUUGUAGAGCCAGAAACCAAGCAAGAGAAGACAGAAAAGGAAGAAGAGAAAACAAACGUUGGGCGUACUUUGAGGAGGUCUCCAAGAAUAUCUAGACCCACAGCAAAAGUGGCUGAAAUCAGAGAUCAGAAAGCUGAUAAAAAAAGAGGGGAAGAAGAUGAAGUAGAAGAAGAGUCAGCAGCUUUGCAAAAGACAGACAAAAAAGAAAAUUUGAAAAAAGCAGAGAAGGAUACGAAUUCUAAAGUAACCAAGGUAAAGCCCAAAGGCAAAGUUCGAUGGACUGGUUCUCGAACACGUGGCAGGUGGAAAUAUUCCAGCAAUGAUGAAAGUGAAGGGUCUGACAGUGAAAAAUCAUCUGCAGCUUCAGAAGAGGAGGAAGAAAAGGAAAGUGAAGAAGCCAUCCUAGCAGAUGAUGAUGAGCCAUGCAAAAAAUGCGGCCUUCCAAACCAUCCUGAACUAAUCCUUCUGUGUGACUCUUGUGACAGUGGAUACCACACUGCCUGCCUUCGCCCUCCUCUAAUGAUUAUUCCAGAUGGAGAAUGGUUCUGCCCCCCUUGCCAGCAUAAACUGCUGUGUGAAAAAUUAGAAGAACAAUUACAAGAUUUGGAUGUUGCCUUAAAGAAGAAGGAGCGUGCUGAACGCAGGAAAGAACGCUUGGUGUAUGUGGGUAUUAGUAUUGAAAACAUCAUUCCUCCACAAGAGCCAGAUUUUUCGGAAGAUCAUGAAGAAAAGAAAAAAGAUUCGAAAAAAUCCAAAGCAAAUUUGCUUGAAAGGAGGUCGACAAGAACACGGAAGUGUAUAAGUUACAGAUUUGAUGAGUUUGAUGAAGCAAUUGAUGAAGCUAUAGAAGAUGAUAUCAAAGAGGCUGAUGGAGGAGGAGUUGGCCGAGGGAAAGAUAUCUCCACCAUCACAGGCCACCGUGGAAAAGACAUCUCUACUAUUUUGGAUGAAGAAAGAAAAGAAAAUAAACGACCCCAGAGGGCAGCUGCUGCUCGCCGGAAGAAACGCCGGCGACUGAAUGAUCUGGACAGUGACAGCAACCUGGAUGAAGAGGAGAGCGAGGAUGAGUUCAAGAUCAGUGAUGGAUCUCAGGAUGAAUUUGUUGUAUCUGAUGAGAACCCAGAUGAGAGUGAAGAAGACCCACCAUCUAAUGAUGACAGCGACACUGAUUUCUGUAGCCGAAGACUAAGGCGACACCCCUCCCGGCCUAUGAGGCAAAGCAGGCGUUUGCGGAGAAAGACCCCAAAGAGAAAGUGCUCUGACGAUGACGAGGAGGAGGAGUCUGAGGAGAACAGCAGAGACUCUGAAAGUGACUUUAGUGAUGACUUUAGCGAUGAUUUUGUAGAAACUCGGCGAAGAAGAUCUAGAAGGAACCAGAAGAGACAAAUUAACUACAAGGAAGAUUCAGAAAGUGAUGGUUCCCAGAAGAGUUUACGUCGUGGUAAAGAAAUCAGACGAGUUCACAAGCGUAGGCUGUCUAGCUCAGAUAGUGAAGAGAGCUAUAUGUCCAAGAACUCUGAAGAUGAUGAGCUAGCUAAAGAAUCAAAACGGUCAGUUCGAAAACGGGGUCGAAGCACAGAUGAGUAUUCUGAAGCAGAUGAGGAGGAAGGAGAAGGUAAACCAUCCCGAAAACGGCUACACCGGAUUGAGACGGAUGAAGAGGAGAGUUGUGACAAUGCUCAUGGAGAUGCAGAUCAACCUGCCCAUGACCGCCAGCCCAGGCUCCUGCCCUCAGAGCAAGACAGCACCAAAAAGCCCUAUCGGAUAGACAGUGAUGAGGAGGAGGACUUUGAAAAUGUAGGCAAGGUGGGGAGCCCAUUGGACUAUAGCUUAGUGGACCUACCUUCCACCAAUGGACAGAGUCCUGGCAAAGCCAUUGAAAACUUGAUUGGCAAGCCAGCUGAGAAGCCUCAAACCCCCAAGGACAGCAGCACAGCCAGUGCAAGCCUGGCCCCCAAUGGGACAAGCGGUGGGCAGGAGGCAGGGGCACCAGAAGAGGACGAAGAUGAGCUUUUAAGAGUGACUGACCUUGUUGAUUAUGUCUGUAACAGUGAACAGUUAUAA